UCAUUCUUGAUUGCAACUCUUUGUGCUUACUUUACUUGUGACUUCCUUAACCAGCUUAAGCAAGUUACCUAUCAUUAUUUCUUCCAACAGGUUCUCUGUUCCUUGCUCACUUUCUUCUUCUCUGGUACACCUAUCAUGCAGAUAUUAUGUUUCAUGGUGUCCCAAAGUCUCCUUAAACUGUCCUCCUGCUUUUAAAUUCGUUUUGCUGCUCUAAUUGGGUGUGGGGUUUUUUUUUUCCUACUUGUCUUCCAAAUUGGUGAUUUGAUCCUCUGCUUCAUACAGCCUACUUUAAUUCCAUCUAGCAUAUUCUUGAUGUCAGAUAUGGUAUUCAUUUCUGACUGUUUCUUACUCAUGGUGUCUUUGUCUCUUUUCAUGCUGAUAAAGUUCCUUGUAGUUCUCACUAAGUUCCUUGAACAUCCUUAUAAUCAUUACUCUGACCUCUAUGACUGAUAAGUUGCUUGCCUCCGUUUCAGUUAGCUUUUUCUGGAGAGUCCUCCUGUCCUUUCAUCUGAGGGCUGUUUCUUUGUCUCCCCAUUUUAGCUGUCUUUUUGUUUGUUUUUUUGUAUCAGAUAGAAAUGCUGUGAUUCCCAGUCUUUGUGGGGCAGCCUUAUGUAAUAAGUGUCCGGUGGGACCCAGAGGCACACUCUCUUCGAUCUCCUAAGCUGGAUGCUCCUUGUGUAAUGUUCCAUGUGUGGGUUAUUUGGGCUCCUGUUGUAACUGGGUCUUGAUUGUGUUGUCCUGUUCAUGGGUGGGAACUCCCUCAGACUGCCUGACUGUGAGGUUCAACCCUGACCAUGUUGUGCGAGCUAAUGUACAGAUGCUGACAGAACAAAACAAGAGACAAAACAAAAACAUACAAGAGACUCCAACAACAACAGUAAAAACAACCACAAAAGAAAAGAGAGUUAGGAAAGAGAAAGGAGGACACAAAUAAAAAAAGAAUAGAAAAGAAAAUUGAAGGAAAAGGGGGGAAGAAAAAAAGAAUAUGAAAGGAGUGAAAAAUAAGAAUAAUGAAUAGGAAAAGGAAACGAGUAAAGAAGAGGAAGGAAAAAUUAUGAAAAGGAAAAAAGAGAAUGAAGAAUUAAGAAAAGGAAAAAAGAGAAGGAAGACAAAAAAGUAGAGUAAGAAGACGAAAGAUAAAAAUAAGAGAUGAAAAAAGAGAAAAAAUAAUAACGCAAUAAAAAAGAAACCAUAAAGUAAUGAAAAAGAUAAAAAGCAAAGUGGAGUUCAGCAGAGUUUAGUGCCUGCUGCGAUCUCCCUUUGGAUCCUGCUCUUAUGUUUACUGAGGCUCUUUUGCAUGCCAGUUAUGGGCUUCCUGGGAGGUACUUUGGUGCUAGCCACUGUCAGAAGCUGUCCUUUUUUGGCUCUUGGGAACCUGUGUGAAGCUUCAAGUGAUCCACAGUUUGUGGCUGCCUCCACAGGGCUUGGCUGUGCACGGACGUGUCCAAGCUGCGCUCCAAGGCUGGUUUUUUAGCAGCAUGGGGCCCAGGGUAGACCAUGAGUUUGAGAACCAGAUUUGAAUCCUGGCUCCUCCCUGUACUGGAUAUAUGACUUUGGACAAGUCACUUAACCUUUUUGAGGUUCAAUUUUUUUUCGUGUAUAAAAGGGAAAUAUAUUUACUUACCAUUUUUUAAAGUAACAAAUGAGAAAAUAUACAUAAAGUACCCAGCAUAAUCACCAACACUUUAAUCACUAAGAGGUUUAUUCUCAUUCCUAGGUCCAAAAUUUGCAGAUUUGAGGUAUCCUGCUUCUAAUCUGCAGGGGAUGAAUGAUUGCUGGCUGGAAUCUUAUCUUUGUGAAGCAAAUAUAAUGGAUCACUUAGACCUAUCAGGGAUUUAGUGCAAGAAGAAGAACAGUUGAUGGAAGAAAAGAAAAAGAAAAAAGACGACAAGAAAAAGAAGGAAGCUGCUCAAAAGAAGGCCACUGAACAAAAAAUCAAAGUGCCAGAACAGAUAAAGCCCAGUGUAAGCCAGCCUCAGCCUGCCAACUCUAAUAACGGCACUUCCACAGCAACCAGCACUAAUAAUAAUGCCAAACGAGCCACAGCCAACAGUCAGCAGCCGCCACAGCAGCAGCCGCAGCAGCCACAGCCACAGCAGCCGCAGCCACCACAGGCCUUGCCUCGGUAUCCUCGUGAAGUACCACCACGAUUCCGCCACCAGGAACAUAAGCAGCUUCUAAAGAGGGGUCAGCAUUUUCCUGUCAUAGCAGCAAACCUGGGAUCUGCUGUUAAAGUGUUAAGCAGCCAGUCAGAAAGCAGUGCUUUAACAAACCAACAGCCACAAAAUAACGGAGAGGUGCAGAGCAGCAAAACCCAGUCAGAUACUAACCACAACGCUUCCGGAUCUCAUUAUGAAAGUUCACAGCGGGGACCUGUGUCGUCUUCGAGCAACUCCAGCACAGACGCUAAGGAUGCUGCUGUAAACCACUCCCCCGAGAAAGCAGCAUGGCCCUUGGUCCUCAGUGACCCAGAGUUGGCUUCGGAAUGCAUGGAUGCUGACUCUGCCUCCAGUACCGAGUCAGAAAGAAACGUCACUACCAUGGCUUCAGGGAGCACAGGUGGUGAGAAAGAUGUCCUUCGAAACAGCACUGGACUUGGUUCCCAAAACAAGUUUGUGGUCGGUGGCAGCAGCAAUAGUUUGGGUCGUGGAAGUAGUACUGGGCCCUGGGGCUUCUCCCAUGGAGCCGUAAUAAGCACAUGUCAGGUCUCUGUGGAUGCUCCUGAAAGCAAGUCAGAAAGUAGCAACAAUAGAGUGAAUGCUUGGGGCACUGUAAGCUCUUCAUCAAAUGGAGGGGUAAAUCCAAGCACUUUGACUUCAGCUAGCAACCAUGGUGCCUGGCCAGUAUUAGAAAACAACGGACUUGCCCUAAAAGGGCCUGUAGGGAGUAGUAGUCCUGGCAUCAAUAUUCAGUGCAGUACCAUAGGCCAGAUGCCUAACAAUCAGAGUAUUAACUCUAAAGUGGGUGGUUCUUCUACCCAUGGUACCUGGGGAAGCCUUCAGGAAACUUGUGAAUCCGAAGUAAGUGGUACACAGAAGAUUUCAUUCAGUGGUCAACCUCAGAAUAUCACCACUGAAAUGACUGGACCAAAUAACACUACUAACUUUAUGACCUCUAGUUUACCAAACUCCGGUUCAGUACAGAAUAAUGAGCUGCCCAGUAACUCGGGGGCCUGGCGUGUGAGCACAAUGAACCAUCCUCAGAUACAGGUUCCAUCGGUUAUGAAUGGCACUUCCCUUCCUCACCUUAGCAAUGGAGAGUCAAAAAGUGCAGGCUCUUAUGGUACUACCUGGGGUGCCUAUGGUUCUAACUACUCUGGAGACAAAUGUGCAAGCCCCGACGGCCAAGCUGACGGUGACACUGUGAACACAACUCUGAUGCAGCCUGGCGUGAAUGGGCCUGUGGGCACGAACUUUCCAGUCAGCUCAAAUAAAGGAGGAGGCCUGUGGGAGUCUGGGGCCACAAAUUCCCAGAGUGCAUCCUGGGGAAGUGGAAAUGGUGCAAACUUGGGAGGAAGUCGAAGAGGAUGGGGAACUCCUGCACAAAACACUGGCACUAAUGUACCCAGCGUGGAGUGGAGCAAACUGCCUGGCAAUCAGCAUUCCAGUGACAGUGCAAACGGCAACGGUAAGAAGUUUACAAACGGAUGGAAUUCUACUGAGGAAGAGGAUCAGGGUUCUGCCACAUCUCAGACAAAUGAGCAAAACAGCAUGUGGGCCAAAACAGGAGGUACAGUGGACAGUGAAGGUAGUACAGAGAGCACUGGACGCCUCGAAGAAAAAGUAACUGGGGAGACUCAGAGUAGAGACAGAAGAAGAAUUGAUCAGCACACAUUACUCCAAAGCAUUGUUAACAGAACUGACUUAGAUCCACGUGUCCUAUCCAACUCUGGUUGGGGACAGACUCCAAUUAAGCAGAAUACUGCCUGGGAUACUGAGACAUCACCUAGAGGGGAAAGAAAAACUGACAAUGGGACAGAGGCUUGGGGAAGCUCUGCAACACAGACUUUUAACUCAGGGGCAUGUAUAGACAAGACUAGCCCUAACAGUAAUGAUACCUCAUCUGUAUCGGGGUGGGGAGAUCCCAAGCCUGCUCUGAGGUGGGGAGAUUCCAAAGGCUCAAACUGCCAGGGGGGGUGGGAAGAUGAUUCUGCUGCUACAGGAAUGGUCAAGAGCAAUCAGUGGGGGCAUUGCAAAGACGAGAAGCCCAUGUGGAAUGAUUCACAAAAGAACAAACAGGGCUGGGGUGAUGGACAAAAGUCAAACCAAGGGUGGUCUGUUUCUGCCACUGAUAACUGGGGAGACACAUCAAGGAGUAACCAUUGGGGUGAGGCUAAUAAGAAAUCUAGCUCAGGAGGUAGUGACAGUGACAGGUCUGUUUCUGGUUGGAAUGAGCUUGGUAAAACUAGUUCUUUUACUUGGGGAAAUAAUAUAAAUCCAAAUAAUUCAUCAGGAUGGGAUGAAUCUUCUAAAUCUAACUCUUCCCAGGGGUGGGGAGAUCCUCCAAAGUCUAGUCAGUCGCUGGGUUGGGGAGAUUCGGCAAAGCCAGUCAGCUCUCCAGACUGGAACAAGCAACCAGACAUUGUUGGGUCUUGGGGAGUCCCUCCGGCUCCAGGCAAACCCUCUGGUACAGGCUGGCUGGGCGGACCUAUUCCAGCCCCAGCAAAAGAAGAAGAACCCACAGGCUGGGAGGAACCAUCCCCGGAGUCCAUACGGCGCAAAAUGGACAUUGAUGACGGAACCUCAGCGUGGGGAGAUCCCAACAAAUACAACUAUAAGAAUGUGAACAUGUGGAACAAAAAUGUCCCGAAUGGCAGCAGCCGCUCAGACCAGCAAGCACAGGUGCACCAGCUGCUGCCGUCUGCAAGUGCCAUCUCAACCCCAGAGGCAGGCGGCUCCGGCUGGGGUGAGCCCUGGGGGGAGCCUUCUACUCCAGCCACAACUGUGGAUAAUGGUACUUCAGCAUGGGGUAAACCCAUAGACAGUGGUCCCAGCUGGGGGGAACCCAUUGCUGUGGCAUCCAACACUUCCACGUGGGGCUCCAGCUCUGUUGGUCCACAAGCGUUAAGCAAAUCUGGACCAAAAUCUAUGCAAGAUGGCUGGUGUGGUGAUGAUAUGCCAUUGCCUGGAAAUCGCCCCACUGGCUGGGAAGAGGAAGAGGACGUGGAGAUUGGAAUGUGGAAUAGUAAUUCAUCUCAAGAGCUUAACUCGUCUUUAAAUUGGCCACCAUAUACAAAGAAAAUGUCAUCGAAGGGUCUGAGUGGCAAAAAAAGGAGAAGGGAAAGGGGAAUGAUGAAGGGUGGAAACAAACAAGAAGAAGCAUGGAUAAAUCCAUUUGUUAAACAGUUUUCAAAUAUCAGUUUUUCGAGAGACUCACCAGAAGAAAAUGUGCAGAGCAAUAAGAUGGACCUUCCUGGAGGAAUGUUACAAGACAAACGAAUGGAGAUAGAUAAACAUAGCCUAAAUAUUGGUGAUUACAAUCGAACGGUCGGGAAAGGCCCUGGUUCUCGGCCUCAGAUGCCCAAAGAGUCUUCCAUGGAGCGCAGCCCUUAUUUUGAUAAGGAUGGCAUUGUAGCCGAUGAAUCCCAAAACUUGCAGUUUAUGUCCAGUCAGAGCAUGAAGCUCCCCCCUUCAAACAGUGCACUGCCUAACCAGGCCCUCGGCUCCAUAGCAGGGCUGGGUAUGCAAAACUUGAGUUCUGUUAGACAGAAUGGCAAUCCCAGUAUGUUUGGUGUUGGAAACACAGCAGCACAACCCCGGGGCCUGCAGCAGCCUCCAGCACAACCUCUCAGUUCAUCUCAGCCUAAUCUCCGUGCUCAAGUGCCUCCUCCAUUACUCUCCCCUCAGGUUCCAGUUUCAUUGCUGAAGUAUGCACCAAACAACGGUGGCCUGAAUCCGCUCUUUGGCCCUCAACAGGUAGCCAUGCUGAACCAGCUCUCCCAACUCAACCAGCUUUCUCAGAUCUCCCAGUUACAGCGAUUUUUAGCACAGCAGCAAAGGACGCAGAGUCAGAGAAGCGUGCCUUCUGGGAACCGGCAGCAGCAAGACCAGCAGGGUCGACCCCUUAGUGUGCAGCAGCAGAUGAUGCAACAGUCUCGCCAACUUGACCCAAACCUGUUGGUGAAGCAGCAGACGCCGCCAUCUCAGCAGCAGUCACUCCAUCAGCCAGCCAUGAAAUCUUUCCUUGAAAAUGUCCUGCCUCACACUACACCUGAGCUGCAAAAAGGGCCAUCUCCAGUAAAUGCUUUCAGCAACUUCCCUAUAGGCUUGAACUCAAACUUGAAUGUAAAUAUGGAUAUGAACAGUAUUAAAGAGCCACAGUCAAGACUAAGGAAGUGGACUACAGUGGACAGCAUUUCUGUGAACACAUCUUUGGAUCAAAACUCCAGCAAACAUGGUGCUAUUUCAAGUGGUUUCAGGCUGGAAGAGUCUCCGUUUGUUCCUUAUGACUUCAUGAACAGCAGUACUUCGCCAGCCAGCCCUCCAGGCUCAGUGGGAGAUGGCUGGCCACGUGCCAAAUCGCCCAAUGGCUCUAGCAGUGUUAACUGGCCACCAGAAUUCCGCCCUGGUGAACCAUGGAAAGGUUAUCCAAACAUUGACCCAGAAACUGACCCUUACGUCACUCCUGGCAGUGUCAUAAACAAUCUUUCAAUUAACACUGUGCGGGAGGUUGACCACCUCAGGGACAGGAACAGUGGGUCAUCCUCAUCCUUGAACACCACGCUGCCUUCAACUAGUGCCUGGUCAUCCAUUCGUGCCUCCAACUACAACGUUCCCCUCAGCAGUACAGCACAAAGCACUUCAGCCAGAAAUAGCGAUUCCAAAUUGACGUGGUCUCCGGGGUCAGUCACAAACACCUCUCUGGCCCAUGAGCUGUGGAAGGUCCCUUUGCCACCUAAAAACAUCACUGCUCCAUCCCGCCCGCCUCCGGGGCUCACUGGUCAGAAGCCUCCCUUGUCUACGUGGGAUAAUUCUCCUCUGCGUGUAGGUGGAGGAUGGGGAAAUUCUGACGCCAGGUAUACCCCAGGGUCCAGCUGGGGUGAGAGCAGCUCAGGGAGAAUAACAAAUUGGCUUGUUCUAAAAAACCUCACACCUCAGAUCGACGGCUCGACUCUGCGCACCCUGUGCAUGCAGCAUGGUCCCCUGAUAACAUUCCACCUGAACCUCCCGCACGGAAACGCUUUGGUCCGCUACAGCUCGAAGGAAGAGGUAGUGAAGGCACAGAAGUCUCUGCACAUGUGUGUGCUGGGGAACACUACUAUUCUCGCUGAGUUUGCCAGUGAAGAGGAGAUCAGUCGUUUCUUUGCACAAAGUCAGUCUCUGACCCCUUCCCCUGGCUGGCAGUCCCUCGGGUCCAGCCAGAACCGGCUGGGCUCCCUCGACUGUUCCCACCCGUUCUCCAGCCGGACUGAUCUCAGUCACUGGAAUGGUGCUGGGCUGGCGGGGACUAACUGUGGAGACCUCCAUGGCACUUCCCUCUGGGGGACCCCCCACUAUUCCACAAGCCUGUGGGGCCCUCCAAGCAGCAGUGACCCCCGAGGAAUGAGCAGCCCAUCCCCCAUCAAUGCUUUUCUUUCUGUUGACCACCUCGGUGGGGGUGGAGAAUCCAUGUGACAGGUAGAGGUAGACUCGUGACCGUGACCGCAACCUCAAGAUGCAAAGGAAAGGGGCACUAAGUUGAGCUCGCCGCCUGCAGCCGGGGCGCCUGUGGGAACAGCUCUUCUCUGCACAUUUUCCACUUUGUUUUCCCCGAAACAUAUCAGUUGAAUACUUGAAUCAUGCAGGCCAAUACUAUAAUGUGAAGGUGUCUCUCGUUACACUCCCACUGGCGCCAUGCGUGCUGACCGCGUGGUGAGCUCACCUGUGCGAAUUCAUCAUGUUUAGCCUUUGGGUUCUUUUUUUUUCCCCCCCUAUUCCCACACCCCCACCCUUAUUUUUUUUUUUCCAAAACCAUUGUUUGGGCUGAUAACGUAUGAGCUUUUACCUUUGCACUGAAUGAUGUUCUCUCCGUCCGAUCGGCAGUAUGGGGGGGCAGCUGUUCCGUGUGAUGUUUACUCAAGGAUGUCCUUAAGGUGUGCGCUCUCCACUAUGCCUUGGCGUCCGCUACCUUACUGUGUGUCGUGGAGUUGGAGAUCACGUUAUGAUGCUGACUUAGGACGAUAAUGAAAGUGUUGCACCCGUUUCUUCAUGUUCUAAAACUAAAGAAUUUCGCUCUGCAGUUUGAAAAACUGUGGCCACAGCUGUGACUUGCAGCCCGCCUGCACCGGGGGGCCCUGCACUUUGAAUGGGCUUUCCAUUUUCUUUUGAAGGCUCUCACGUUGACCUUCUUGUUUACAGAUUUUUUUGUUUGUUUUUUGAGAAAAAAAAAAUGUUUACUCUUCCAUCAUUAAAAAAAAAUUUAAAAGACAAAAAAAAAAAAAAAGAGGAGGAUUUAAAAGAUGCUUUCUAUCUCUGGGAAAAGGAGCAGCAUUUGGCCAUGUUCUUGUUUUCUAUUCCUGUCCUAAAUCAAAGAGCAUGGUUCUCAGGAAAACCGGGUCCCCAGUCAAACAAAAACAAAACCUUGUAGUUUCUUAUAGGAAAAAAGGAAACCCCCAAGUUUUAGCACUGAUACUAUGUAUUGCUCUGUUAAAGAAUUUUCUCUGCCAAAAAAAAAAAGAAAAAACAAAAAAACGCUUCAAGCUGGAGUUUGACGUUCUGCUUCAGAUGCUGUCUUUUUAUUAGUGUGAUGAUGGUUUGCUAAUGAUCAGUAGGGAAUCAUUUUUGUAAUUCCAUCAAGUGGCUCUGUUUCUGCUGUCGUGACUGUGUUAUGUCUAAUGUUGUACCUUAAAGCCGAAAUCAGUAACUAUGCAUCCUGUAAGCACGGUUUUGGGCUUACAGCGUCGUUCAUUGUAGAAAGGAAAUUUUAAAUGUUGUUGCAAACUAACGAGUUACACCAUUUUUACAGUUUCUUUCUCUCCUCCCCCCUUUUUUGCCCAUAAAUGGUAUUAUAAUGCUUGCUUAGUCAAAGGAGAGACUAAACAAGGGUAAAAAUUUUAACACACAGAAUUUGCCAUCAUUUCAUUGCCUUGAUUCUAACUGUUUGUGUCCUAUGAUGCAAAAGAAGUCAGUGGCUUUUAACUGUUUACAAAUAGAAUGUGAUUGUAAAAUGUACAGUUUGGUUGUGUUUAAUUAUGAAAUUUCUUCAGAUAUAAUAAACCAUGACUUUUUGGCUGCUCAACAUCAA